AUGAGAUUCAUUUACAGUAAGUAUGGUGACACCAUAAGUGGAAGGAGUACUCUGCUUGAGAGUACGGGGUGUGGUAGAGCUGGAAAGAUCUCUGCCACCGUCCUUCUAACAGUGCUCAAGAGGACAGUCUCUCUCUCUGCAACCCUACACAGGUUAAGUUUGGAGCUUUAUCAAUCUUUGAUGGGUCCCAUCUCAAAAUGGGAUUAA